CACAGCAUCACCACGCAUUUACAGUGACGGUGUAAAACAAGAGUUUGGUUAUUUUUUUGCCGGUUUGUAGUAAAACAGCUGAAGGGAAACACGGAAUGCACGUCGCCGAACUCUGUUAAAAUACGGUAGAUUUAUGUGACCUCCUUCGCCGUGUUCGUGUGUUUUUGUAGAAGAAGAACAGCGUGGUGACGGUUGGACAAGUUUAAUUCUUAGUGGAAUAAGGGCUGUAUCGUGUAUUUAGUGUAUGCCGACUUGUCAACUGGACCCAACCACACCUCGGACGUCUUACUUCUUUCUCUGAAGCAAACAGGAGCGUUUGAUUUAUCCGGCUGUGUCUUCCAGUCAUCUGAAGCAGAGACUGACUCCACCCGUGUUUGUCUCCACCCGCGUUUGUCUCCACCCGUCUGCAGAGAGAGAAACAUGCCGUCCAACAAAUCAGUGUCUGACGCUCCCAUCACUCAGUUCUUCAACUGUCGCAUACUGAGAGACCACAAGCUGCAGAGGGAGGACCUGUGGGUGCGUGAUGGGAGGAUUUUAGAUCCAGAGAAGUUGUUCUUUGAUGAGCAGGGUUACGCUGACAAACGUGUGGACUGUGAAGGCUGCAUCAUCUCCCCGGGCUUCAUCGAUGUUCAGAUCAAUGGAGGAUAUGGCAAGGACUUCUCUCAGGCCACUGACGACGCCGGCGCUAAAGUUUCUUUUGUGGCCAAAAAGAUCCUGGAGCACGGCGUGACGUCCUUCUGUCCCACUCUGGUCAGCUCUCCACCUGCUGUCUACCACAAGGUUCUACCUCAGAUCAAAGUUGGCGAGGGAGGAGUGCAUGGAGCUGGAGUUUUGGGUUUUCAUCUGGAGGGUCCGUUCAUCAGUGUGAAUAAGAGAGGGGCUCACCUGGAGCAGUCUCUCCGUACCUUCCAGUCUGGAGGCAUCAAGGACCUGAUGGAGGUCUAUGGCAGCCUGGAAAACGUUGCCAUAGUAACAGUGGCUCCUGAGCUGAACCAUAGCCAAUCAGCGGUGAGGGAGCUCUCCCAGAGAGGCAUCAUUGUGUCCUUAGGUCACUCUGAGGCCAACCUGUCCCAAGCUGAGGAGGCGGUCAAACACGGAGCCUCCUUCAUCACUCACCUCUUCAACGCCAUGGGGCCUUUCCACCAUCGGGACCCUGGCAUAGUGGGUCUGCUGACCAGUGAUCAGGCUCCGGAAGGCAGCGUCUUCUAUGGCAUGAUAGCUGAUGGGAUCCACACCAACCCUGCAGCCCUGCGGAUCGCUCACAGCGCGAACCCCUCAGGUCUGGUGUUGGUGACGGACGCCAUCCCAGCGAUGGGUCUUCCUCCUGGUCGUCACACUCUGGGUCAGCAGAAAAUUGAGAUCAAGGGUCUCCACGCUUACGUUGCAGGCACUACCACCCUGUGCGGCAGCAUAACCACGAUGGAUAUGUGUGUGCGACACUUUAAAGAGGCUUCACGCUGCAGUGAAACCGAUGCUCUGGAAGCUGCCUCCCUCCAUCCUGCUCAACUUCUGGGUAUCACCGACAGGAAGGGAACUCUGGACUACGGUUCAGACGCAGACCUGGUUUUGCUGGAUGACGGCCUCAACGUUAAAGCCACUUAUAUUUCUGGAGAGGAGGUUUGGCGAAAAGGACCAUAGAAGAAGAAGAAGGAGCCUGCAGAGGGAACGUGUACCGACAGCUGGGACCCGCGGUGCCUUCAGGGGACGCUGUUUACUCCAGAACCACAAGUCUGUUAAUCAGAGCACACAGUUAACGUUAUCUUCAGCUUUAUGUUCGAUCCAACCCUUUGGUCCAGAGUGAAAACACAAAACAACAACUACCAAAAAAAUAAUGGAUGGAUUACUUUUCAAAUUUAGUGCAGAAAGUCAUUUCCCCCAGAGGAGACUUUUCAGCCAAUAAGUACCUCUAAAAUUUCAAAAAUACAACCAGUGACGACAAUUCCCAUCAGCCUCAGCUGUCAUUUUGAAUAAAUGCACUUUAUGUUCAGCUUUGGCUCAAAGAGACGCACUGUGACCACGUCGAACACGAGUGUUGAUGCAAUUCUUCUCAAGACACGUACAACAACUACGUGGGCAGAAAUAACACCAAUGCCUGGAUGUCGCAAAUAAAAUCAAAGGUUUGGCUGCGAGAACAGGCCGGACAGAGCGACCGCACCUCAGUGUGGUUUAGGUUUGAUCAUAUUGAGACACAAUCUGGACAUGAGACGCAUUUCAAUGCAAGGUGUCUUAAUCAAAGGUUAUCUUGACUUUUUCCUUGUCUACAUUUUAAAUGCUUAGUGGUUAGUACAGAUCUAAGAAUAGCAAAGCUGUGUCCAUAUUUCAUCUGUGCAGAAAUGUUGUUUUCUGUAAGGAGCCUCACAGGACCCAGCGUUCAGCUACAGAUUUAUGUUUUUGACUGAUAGCAGAACUUUGACUUUCUUUAAAAAAUGAUUAUUAUUUUUUUUAAUUUAACCUCCUUUGAAUCAAGGAUCAGUAAUCCUGUCGUGAAUCUGCCCCUUAGUAUCUGAAUGUUAUGAGAUUUGAGGUUUGUUCUGGACGUGAAUGUCUUCAUGUUCCAUCGACGCCAUGUUCAGGGUUUUAUGAAAGACUUUGCACUUACUGUAAAAGGCAGGCUGUUAGCCUGCAUCCAGAUGCUUUACUGUUCAUUUGAAUGGCAUAUCGAUGUGAUUUAAAGGGAAAAAAUUUUGUAUUAAAUUAGAUAAAUCAACUUUCAGUGACAGAAUUGUUCCUCUUCUAAUAAAUAACUUUUACUUUUGUUGUA